AUGGCACCAAAGCACCAGACGCUAUGCGCGAAAGAAUAUGACAACAGGGCCACAGGGGAAUACCUAGUGGGACAACAGCAAUUUAUUGCCAAAUGGAAGCAGGCGUCAACCACAACCCCAUAUUUCAAGAUCGCUGCGCAUGAACGUUUCGGCCCGCCUGCCAGGAGGGCCGGUCGGACGUACAACGAUGAACACCUCGUCUCUUCUUCAGGUGCUAUAGUUCCAUUCCGGGAGAGGGAAGAACGAGAACGAAGUCCCCCAGUACGCCCCCAGCUGCUCCGUCGCCAAUCAUCACUUGAUACUUUUGACCGGGCGGCUACUCGACGAACUUACGACAAAUACGAUCGCGAAGACUAUGGCCCGCCAGUGACCCCAAUUCCUGUUCCAAGACGGAGGCGCUCACCUUCCAGUCAUGAAAGGAUUGACUUCGAGGAGAUCAGGGUUGCGGAACCGGACUAUUAUGGCGACGAAGAAUUUCGGCGUGUACAGGUGCGGGACAGGAGUAUGACCCCGCGACCCCGCGGACGGAGCGUCGCCCAUCGCCAGGGAGUGGAAGUGAGGGAUAUUCGGCCAUCAACAGCCCCACGUCGAGGCAAAACUCGUAUGCCCAAACGCUUAGUGCAUCCUCGGGCCAUUAUAGAUCUCGGAUAUGAAUAUGAGGAAGUGGACGAUGCCUACAUCAUUUUCCAGGCAUUGCAAGAGGCCCACAUAGAAGAUUUGGUAACCCGGAGUAGAGAGAUCAGACGAACAGCCAAUACACUGACCGUUGGCUUUCCAUCCGAUAGCCUCGCCGUAGAAAGACGGCGGUCGGUCUCCAGGAGGCCUGCAACAAGGGUAAUCGAACUAUCACGAUCGCGCCGGCCAUCGGUCUCACGACCAGAGGCCCCUCCAGUACGCCACCACCGCCGCCGACGAUCCUCACCAAUCCGAAUCAUUGAACCUAGAGAUGUCGUGCUGGAGGACGUCAUUGCACCUCGUGCUGAUGUCGCGCUGAUCGUUCCUGAUCGUCGACGGUUAGGGAGAGAUACUCAAACGAACAUCCGGUUAUCAGAGCGAGAGAGGAGAGCUCUGGAUGUUGAGGAAACUAUCGAGGUGCGACGGGAGCCUAAAGCUCCAAGUCCUCUACUGAUCAGAGCGAUGAUGGCAACAUUGACUUGA